AUGAGCCAAUUUGCUGACGUGACUUGUAUAUUGAAAGUCAAUGUCAAGUGCCCGGCAUGUAAGAUGCAGUUGAACGAGGUACUAAGUUCGGUGAUAGGAGUGUAUUCAGUUGAAAUUUCAGCAUCUGGAUAUGCUAGGGUUUGUGGGGAAGUGGAUCCAAACAUGCUUCUGAAAGCAGUAAACAGAACGGGAGCCCAUGCAGAAGUGGAAGUCGUGAAACUUAACCAUCCCAUGUUGAGCCAGCGCCAAAAUCCCUCUUGGUCUACCGGUGGAUAUCCGGACCCCUUUGUAGGACACGAUUACGGCUUCGGAAACAGCUAUAGUUACCCCGGAGGUGGCCGGGCCAGGUACAACAGUAGUUAUGGCCAUGGUGGAUACAGUGGCCUAUAUCCCGAGCAUUCAUGUUUCGGGGGUUACGGUGGUGGUGGUGGAGCUUCUUACCACGGUUACGGCCCGUAUCGACCCUCCUAUCCCAUGAGGAGGACAAUGCCUUUUGGUAUGGGUGGCGGUUAUGGCGGCGGCGGUGGUUAUGGCCGACCUUUUAAUGGUUAUGGUUCUGCUUACAUGCCACCUUUUUAG